CCGGCUGCAAGGAAAUGUUGCACGUGGGAUGCCCUACGUGGAGUUCGCCGAAGUAGCGACCCUGGGUGAUCAUUGAGGAGGACCUUAGAGGCAAGGACAUGUGGGUACCAGUGGCGGGGCUUCCUCCGCGGCUGAAGCUUUCAGCCUUGGCGGGCGCUGGUCGCUUUUGCAUUUGGGAAUCUGGAGCGUCGACGCGAAAGCACUUCCCGGCGAAGAACCACCGUGGCUUCUCUGACUCCUACCCGCAGCUGUUGCCCUAUCCGGAUUUCAACGAAUCUCCCUCUUCGGUGUCCAAGUGCCGCUUAGAGCCUAAGCGCUACGUAACCAGUCGGAGAUUGGCCGAGACCGUGGCGCAAAUCCUGCGGGGGAAACUAGAAAGACCUCGUCACCUACUCCUGGAGUGCAAUCCAGGUCCUGGAAUCCUGACUCAGGCAUUACUUAGAACUGGUGCCAAAGUGGUUGCUCUCGAAAGUGACAGAACAUUUAUUCCACAUUUGGAGUCCUUAAGAAAAAAUCUGCCUGGAAGUCUAGAAGUCAUCCACUGUGACUUCUUUAAAAUCGAUCCUAGAGGUGGUGGACUAGUAAGACCACCUACUAUGGUUUCACAUACGCUUUUUCAGAAUUUGGGGAUAGAAGCACGUCCUUGGUCAGCUGGUAUUCCUUUAAAAGUAAUUGGAAUUUUCCCAAUUAAAAAUGAAAGAAGGACACUUUGGAAAUUUUUAUAUAACCUAUAUGCCUGUACUUCUAUAUAUAGAUAUGGACGAAUAGAGCUAAAUAUGUUUAUUGGUGAAAAAGAAUACCAGAAACUAAUGGCAAAUAAAAAUUCAAACUUGUAUGACGUGUUGAGUGUGCUCUGGCAAAUAGCUUGUGAGAUUAAGGUUCUGCACGUGGAAUCAUUAAAACCAAUAGAACAAAAGCUGUAUUUUAUUCAAAUGAGGCCUCGUAGAGGUUUAUUUACAGAAAACUUAACGCCUGUUAACUACGAUGUAUUUUUUCACAUGUUAAAGCACUGUUUUGGGAAGCGCAGUGCCAGGCUAAUAGACCACUUACAUUCUUUGACUCCAGUUGAUGCAAAGGAUAUAUUGAUGCAAAUACAAAAAAGUGAAAAAGUGAAAGUAACUCAUAUGCAUCCUCAAGACUUCAAACGCCUUUUUGAAACUAUAGAGUGUUCCAAAGAUUAUGCUCAUAAAUGGCUGUAUGAUGACAGCAUGGGUGACACAGAGCAUCCAGAGAAGUAGACUGUCAAGACAUUAGCUGCAACGGUUUAUUUGGAAAUUAUGACACAAAUGAAAAAGAACUAAAUCUGAAAAGCUCACAUCCUUUCAACAGAAGAUAAG